CACAGGGGUGGCUGUAAAACAAAUAUGUAACGUUACCAUUUUUUGCUAGUUGUCACAGUGGACGGCCGAUAAAACGCUUAUAUUUUUUGUAAGGUGCCAUUAAUAGUUAAGGUCAGCCAGACAAACGCCACAAUGUCCGUGUUACCGCAGCAUGUGCGUGGAAUAGCAAACAACUGCUAAACGCACGCUAGCCGAGCUAACUGGUCAACACGGGUUCACAUUAGCUAAUGUUAGCUACGUAACUAACGAGUGGUUAACCAUAGCCGCUUUUAGCAAGCUUCUUAGAAAAGUCCGAGUCAAAAAUAUUCCAUUAUUAUUGUGUCUACCUAUCAGACAGCUGGCAAGCGCCAUCGACUAACGUUACUGCUAUCUACACGCUUGCAAAGUGACUUAUCUUGGCAUUCGUCCGCGCUUCAAUUUACAGUGAGCCAAACCCCACCACCACCCCGAGACUCUGAGAUGUGUUAUAAGGAUACAGGACACCGCCGUCAGAUGGUGAUAACCCGCCUUCAGCCAACAAAGCCAAAAGAGGACUUGGACACUGGACCUACACAGGAUAAGAUUGCAUGAGCAAGAAAACGACUGUUUUGAACCAUGAAGCGCAGUAAGCACCGUGGACACAAGGAGGACAAGAGCGGAGAUGAGCCUGCUAUUCUGGAGACAGAGGACCUGGAUCGCCAGGGCAUGUUCAUGGGAGGAGGCAAAGACCCCGACACAAUCUCAGUAGCCUCAGUCACAGCCGUGACUACCAAUGUCUCUAAUAAGAGAUCAAAACCAGACAUAAAGAUGGAACCCAGCUCCGGGAGGCCUGUGGACUACCAAGUCAGCGUGACAGUAGUUGAGGCCAGGCAGCUGGUGGGGCUGAACAUGGAUCCCGUGGUCUGUGUGGAGAUUGGAGAGGAUAAAAAAUACACGUCAAUGAAGGAAUCAACCAACUGCCCAUACUACAAUGAGUAUUUUGUGUUUGACUUCCACGUCCCUCCAGAUGUUAUGUUUGACAAAAUCUUGAGGUUGUCUGUAAUCCACUCCAAAAAUCUUCUGCGAAGUGGAACCAUGGUUGGGACUUUUAAGAUGGAUGUCGGUACAGUUUACGCCCAGCCAGAACAUCAGUUUUACCACAAAUGGGCUGUGUUGUCCGACCCCGACGACAUCACAGCAGGCUGCAAGGGCUACGUUAAAUGUGACAUUGCAGUUGUGGCCAAAGGAGACAAUAUAAAAACUCCACACAAGGCCAAUGAGUCUGAUGAAGAUGACAUAGAGGGGAAUCUCCUGCUACCAGAGGGGGUACCUGCAGAGCGACAGUGGGCUCGUUACUAUCUGAAGAUCUACAGAGCAGAGGGACUUCCCAGAAUGAACACCAGCAUCAUGGCCAAUGUCAAAAAAGCCUUUAUAGGAGAGAAUAAGGACCUGGUUGAUCCUUAUGUCCAAGUACAGUUUGCUGGACAAAAGGGGAAAACAUCAGUUCAGAAGAGCUGCUAUGAGCCCAUUUGGAACGAGCAGAUUGUUUUCACGGAGAUGUUCCCACCACUGUGCAAACGCAUAAAGCUCCAGCUCCGCGACUCCGACAAAGUGAACGACGUGGCCAUAGGAACACACUUCCUUGACCUGCGGAAGAUUUCCAAUGACGGGGACAAAGGCUUUCUUCCAACACUGGGACCUGCCUGGGUUAACAUGUAUGGCUCCACGCGUAACUACACCCUGAUGGAUGAGUACCAGGAACUGAACGAUGGGCUGGGUGAGGGGGUGUCCUUCAGGGCCCGGCUGCUCAUCAGCCUGGGCAUGGAGAUCCUGGACACUUCAUCACCUGAUAUUACCAGCUCCACAGAGGUGCAGGUGGAGGGAGUGCCCAACAUUUCGGAGAGUUCCACCGGGAAGAUUGAGGAGUUUUUUCUCUUUGGGUCAUUCCUUGAGGCCACAAUGAUUGAUAGAAAGAUUGGUGAUAAGCCCAUCAACUUUGAAGUUACCAUAGGUUACUAUGGCAAUGAAAAUGAUAUUGUCAUCAAGCCGAAAACAAAAGGGAAGAAGGGGGGAGGCGAUGACGAAGAGGAAACUGAACUGAUCCACAACUCCAGUGAGGAGGAGAUGGAGGAUGAUGGCGAUCUCACAUCAGUGGCCACCACACCUCCCAUGAAACCUGUCAUCACUGACCGGAACUACUUCCACCUGCCAUAUUUUGAGAGGAAGCCGUGCAUCUACAUAAAGAGCUGGUGGCAGGACCAGAGACGGAGGCUGUACAAUGCCAACAUUAUAGACAACGUGGCAGAUAAACUGGAGGACGGUCUUAAUGAUGUACAAGAGAUCAUCAAGACAGAAAAGGCUUAUCCUGAGCGGAGACUCAGGGGCGUCUUGGAGGAACUCAGCCAUGGAUGCAAUCAGUUUAUAUCGCUGGCAAACAAGGACCAGAAUCAGUCUGGGAAGACCAAACUUGACAGGGAGAGGCUGAAGUUGUGUAUGUCAGAAAUGGAGACCAUAGGCCAGCAAGCUAAGGCCAUGAGGUCACAGGUGAAGAAAAGCACAGUGAGGGAUAAAAUCAAGCUGGCCCAGAAUUUCCUCCAUAAGCUGCGCUUCAUGGCUGAUGAACCCCAACACAGUGUUCCUGACAUCUUCAUCUGGAUGAUAAGCAAUGGCAAACGUAUUGCUUACGCCCGUGUCCCUUCCAAAGACAUACUUUAUUCUAAUGUGGAGGACGAGACUGGGAAGGACUGUAACAAAGUCAAAACAAUCUUUCUCAGGAUCCCUGGAAAGAAAGGCUUCGGGCCUGCUGGCUGGACGGUGCAGGCCAAAAUAGAGAUUUACCUGUGGCUGGGUCUGACUAAACAGCGCAAAGACUACCUGUGUGGCCUGCCCAAUGGCUUUGAGGAGAACAAGCUGUCAUUGGGACCAUCAGCCCCUCCCAUCAGCCUCACAUACAUGAUGAAACAGAUCUUCCAGCUGAGGGUCCAUAUGUACCAGGCCCGCAGUCUGUUUGCUGCUGACAGCACAGGGCUGUCAGAUCCUUUUGCCAGGGUUUUCUUCUCCACACAAAGCCAGGUUACUGAGGUGCUGGCUGAGACUCUCUGCCCAACAUGGGACCAGCUGCUGGUUUUUGAGAAUGUAGAGUUGUUCGGAGAGGCCACCGAGCUGCGCGAUGACCCUCCUAUUAUUGUCAUUGAACUGUAUGAUCAGGACACAGUGGGCAAAGCUGACUUUAUGGGACGGACCUUUGCCAAGCCUGUGGUUAAGAUGGCGGAUGAACACUACGGACCCCCACGCUUCCCCCCACAGCUGGAGUACUAUCAGAUCUACCGUGGGAACUGCACCGCUGGAGAAAUGCUGGCAGCCUUUGAACUGCUGCAGAUUGGUCCCAACGGGAGAGCCGACCUGCCUCCCAUCGAUGGUCCCACAGACAUGGAUCGUGGCCCGAUACUCCCUGUACCACUGGGUAUCAGACCGGUCCUCAGCAAGUACAGGAUUGAGGUGUUGUUCUGGGGCUUGAGGGACCUGAAGAGGGUCAAUCUGGCCCAGGUGGACCGACCCCGCGUGGACAUUGAGUGUGCUGGCAAAGGAGUGCAGUCUGCCCUCAUCCCCAACUACAGGAAAAACCCCAAUUUCAGCACGCUUGUCAAGUGGUUUGAAGUGGACUUGCCUGAGAAUGAGUUGCUUCACCCACCACUGAAUAUCCGCGUGGUGGACUGCAGGGCUUUUGGCCGCUACACACUGGUUGGCUCCCACGCCGUCACCAGCCUGCGGAAGUUCAUCCACCGGCCGUCAGACAAGCAGGCCAACAACUGGUCUGCCACAGAGGAAAUUGUUGUUGUCAGCAUGGAUCAGGAGCCUGGCUUUAAGAAAAUGGACACUGUGGUCAAGUUAGACUCUUGCUCGGAUGCUGUGGUCAAGGUUGAGGAUGAUGAGAAGGAUGGAAAAGGGAAAAAGAAGAAGAGGAAGAAGGGUGAUGAUAUUGAAGAGGAAGAACUUGAUGAGAGCAUGCUGGACUGGUGGUCCAAAUAUUUUGCCUCAAUUGAAACUUUGACAGAGGCUCUCAAGGCUCAGGAGGCAGCUCUCUCUGAUUCAGAGGAAAAGGAUGACAUGGACCUUGCGGAUGGAGGCACCAAGAAAGGCAAAGGAAAGAAGGACAAGAAGAAGUCUUCGGAUGCACCAGAGAGGAGAAAGCCAAAGCUGGAUGAGCUGAAGGUGUAUCCUAAGGAGCUGGAGAAUGACUAUGAAUAUUUCGAAGACUGGCUUCACACUUUCAACCUGUUCAGGGGAAAGGGAGGCGAUGACGAUGACCAAAAUGUGGUGGAUGAGGACAGGCUUAUCGGAAAAUUCAAAGGCUCAAUGUGUGUGUACAAAGUGCCACCAUUAGAUGAUUUUUCGAGAGAUAUGUCCAUGGACUCCAGCAUGGGAAUGUUUCAGAACAUCCCCCAUAAUGAUCCAGUUAAUGUCCUUGUCCGCAUCUAUGUCAUCAGGGCAACCGAUCUGCAUCCAGCAGACAUAAAUGGAAAAGCAGACCCCUACAUUGCAAUCAAACUGGGAAAGAAUGAGAUCAAAGACAAAGAGAACUACAUCUCAAAACAACUGAACCCUUUGUUUGGCAAAUCCUUUGACGUGGAAGCCACCUUCCCAAUGGAUUCAACACUAACAGUGUCGAUUUACGACUGGGACCUGGUGGGAACCGAUGAUCUGAUUGGAGAAACCAAAAUUGACCUUGAGAACCGCUACUACAGCAAGCACAGAGCCACAUGUGGCAUUGCAUCCAACUAUGCCAUCCAUGGCUACAACGUAUGGCGAGACCCAAUGAAACCCACACAGAUCCUGGCUAAGAUGUGCAAGGAUGGCAAGCUGGAUGGGCCUCACUACGGCCCGGGAGGAAGGGUGAAGGUGGAGAACCGUGUCUUCAUGGGGCCAACUGAGAUAGAAGAUGAAAAUGGUUUGAAGAGGAAGACGGAUGAGCACUUGGCCCUGUCAGUGUUGAAGCAUUGGGAGGAAAUCCCCCGAGUGGGCUGCAAACUCGUCCCAGAGCAUGUGGAGACCAGACCACUCCACCACCCUGAUAAGCCAGGAAUUGAACAAGGGAGAAUUGAGAUGUGGGUGGAUAUGUUCCCUAAGGAUAUGACUGCCCCUGGACCUGCCCUUGACAUUUCACCAAGGAAGCCAAAGAAGUUUGAACUGAGGGUGAUCAUUUGGAACACAGAUGAGGUCGUUCUAGAGGAUGAUGACAUCUUUACUGGCGAGAAGUCAAGUGAUAUAUUUGUGCGAGGCUGGCUGAAAGGGCAGCAGGAGGACAAGCAGGACACCGACGUCCACUACCACUCCAUCACAGGGGAAGGAAACUUCAACUGGCGCUUCGUCUUCCCGUUUGACUACCUCAUGGCCGAGGAGAAGAUUGUCAUCUCAAAGAAGGACUCCAUGUUCGCCUGGGAUGAGACUGAGUACAAGAUCCCGGCUCGCCUCAGUAUUCAAGUGUGGGAUGCUGACCAUUUCUCUGCAGAUGACUUCUUAGGUGCGAUCGAGCUGGACCUGAACCGUUUCCCACGUGGUGCUAAGACUGCCAAGCAGUGCACCAUGGAAAUGGCGACAGAUGAAGCAGAUAUGCCCAUGGUCUCCAUCUUCAAACAGAAGAGGAUCAAAGGCUGGUGGCCAUUUGUGGCCAGAGAUGAAAAUGAUGAGUUAGAACUCACGGGAAAAGUGGAAGCAGAGCUGCACCUCUUGACGGGAGAAGAAGCCGAGAAAAGCCCAGCCGGCGAAGGACGCAAUGAACCAGACCCACUAGAGAAACCCAACCGUCCAGACAUUGCCCUCCUCUGGUUCCUCAUUCCCUUCAAAGCUGCAAAGCACCUGGUGUGCGACCAGUACAGGUGGCUGACCAUCAAGAUCAUCACCGCUCUCCUACUGCUGGCCAUCUUGGCUCUUUUCCUAUACAACAUGCCGGGUUACAUGGUGAAGAAAAUGCUGGGGGCUUAACCUAUCCCCAGGAAGUCCCCAGUAUUUCUUUAUGCUGCAUAAACAUCCUUUCAGCUAUAAGUAACUUUUUUUGUCCUUGAAAGAGUCUUUUCUUUUUUACCACUUGACAAAAGUAUUCAACAAAUGAUAGACAAAAACCAACUAACUAAUGACUGAUAAUGUGUAUUACCCUGAUAUAAUUAGUUCAACAUAAUUACCAAAAUAAUUUCUUGCAACGUAGUGGUGUAGCUUUAUUAUUCCUGAGUAGCAAAUCUUAAUUUUUCCUUUUUCCACAACAGCCAGAUAAUGGCUGUUGUGUUUGCAUUGAUUUAAUGUUACUGUUUUUCACAAGUAUUAUUGGUCAACAUAGCAUUUCUUGGUCAGCAGUGUGCAGUAUACAGU